CAACACUACCAGUUGUAUGUACCCAAGGAAUUGGUAUACGACCCAGCUCAGUUGGUGAAACUUCCCACCCUGGCCUAAAAUCAAAAGCACUUAUCCUUUUUUGAUGGACGGUUUGAAAACUCGUUAAAAACCGAUUGCCGAAACAAAAGGAUAAAACAGGGGGAUACGCUACAGACCGUUGGAUUAGUAAUUGUUCCAAGCUAACAGUCGAAGACUGCACACGAGGUACAAAAAUGGCUGUCAAAUUCAUCAUAGCGGUUGUUUUCUUUAUCUGUCUGUUUAUGACUCUAGAGAGUCGCUCCGUCAGUAAGGGAUCCGUUGCACGAAGGUCUGCCCCGUGCCAUGGAGAUGAAAUCGUUUAUCACAACAUCACUCACCCAAUAGAGAGCGCUAGUUGCACAUCCUGUAUCUGUUCCCAUGGAUCUAUAGGUGAAUGUCAUUACCACCAUUGCGACAUAGGACUGGGUAUGCCAAUAGAGGCAUGCGACAACUGGAUGACCGGAGAGGAAGGAAUAUGCUGUCCUCGAUGCCCUUGUGAUAAUGAUGGUGAUACCUGGGCCAAGCGCGUGAAUUCCGAAACCUGCUAUGAUUGUACCUGUAAAGAUUCGUCAGCUCAUUGCAAUUUAGUCUAUUGCCCAGAGUGUGAUGGAAUCGCUGAACCAAUUCCCGGAAGAUGUUGCCCCAAGUGCACUCCAACGGUUCAACCGUCGACAGAGCCUUUGUUCUUCACGAUCCCGCUGACCACAACAAGGCCUGAUCCAGAAUUUCCAUUCCCAUUCCCAUUUCGUAAGAAGCGCGUCAUGAUGUCACAUGAUAAUAAUGACGCACGUGCUGAGAAGUUGGUUUAAGAUUCACCACGUAAGAAGAAAGAAUUUUCAAGAUCUAUCACGACGAAAAAACUUGGAAAAAGUCACAAGCAAUAUUGGAAAGAAAAUGAAUCGAAUCCGGACUUUUGAUCGUGUAGUUGUAUAAUGGUGAUUCUUUAUUAAGUUAG